AUGGCGUUGCUGGAGUUCAAGUAUCAAGUUUCUGAAGAAACAAGAGUUGUCUUGUCCUCUUGGAAUAACUCAAAUUCUCUCUGCAAAUGGAAUGGGGUUACAUGUGGCCGCAAACACAAGAGAGUAACUGCUUUGGACCUUGGAGGAUUGCAAUUGGGCGGCGUGAUAUCACCAUCUAUUGGUAAUCUUUCGUUUCUCAUAUCACUUAAUCUCUCAGAUAAUUCUUUCAGUGGUAUCAUCCCUCAAGAAGUUGGAAACUUGUUUAGACUUAAACACUUGGAUAUGAGCUUUAAUUUUUUGGGAGGAGGGAUUCAAGUCAGUCUGUCUAACUGCUCUAGACUGCAAGGGCUUGAUUUAUUUUCAAAUCAUCUUGGAGAAGGUGUUCCUUCAGAACUAGGAUCAUUGACAACGCUUGAAUUAUUAUAUCUUGGUCGAAACAAGCUGGAAGGGAAGCUCCCUGCAUCUCUUGGAAACUUGACAUCCCUCAGAAGUCUUACGAUUGCACGUAACAAUAUGAAAGGAGAAAUUUCAGAAGAUGUAGCUAGAUUGACUCAAAUGGUGGAACUUAAUUUAGGAGUGAACAAUUUCGUAGGUGUUUUUCCUCCAGCCAUCUACAAUUUUUCCUCACUUAAGUAUUUAUACAUCUCUGGUAACCAUUUCUCGGGUUCCCUGAGGCCUGAUUUUGGUGAGCUGCUACCAAACCUACAAGAGUUAAAUAUGCGAGGUAAUAGUCUCACAGGAGUCAUUCCAACAACACUUUCCAAUAUCUCGACCCUUCAAAAGUUUGGAAUCGAUGAUAACAAUCUGAUUGGCAGUAUUCCUCCGAGUUUUGGAAAAUUACGAAAUUUGCAACUGCUAUUAAUUCAAAGUAAUUCGUUAGGAAGUUACUCUGUUGGAGAUCUUGAAUUUAUGGUUGCUCUGACAAACUGCACAAAACUAGAGACCAUGGAGAUUGGUCACAAUAGGCUCGGGGGUGAAUUACCUACCGCCACUGCGAAUCUCUCCACGAACCUUUACCAUCUAGACCUUGGAAUAAAUUUCAUCUAUGGAAGCAUUCCUUAUGACAUUGGGAAUCUCAUAAGUUUACGAAGCCUUGGCUUGCAAGAAAAUAUGUUGACUGGUGCAUUUCCAACUUCUCUUAGUAAGCUUUUCAACUUGGAGGGAUUAAAUCUCAUGUCAAAUAAAAUUUUCUGGAGAAUUGCCAUCUUUCCUAGGCAACCUCACUCGGUUAGACAUUCUAUAUUUGCACAAGAAUAA